AUUCGAGGCGACUUCGGUAAAAGCAGACACAGACGUUGCGCUGGGAGAAAGUGUUCGGUUAGAGAGCGAGAGUCCGAGUAUAAGACGUGAUCGCGAGCCGCUCGAGAAAAUCAGUUUAUCGCGAGUGCAUCCGGAGAGCAACAAGUCAGGAUGAAAACGCAGUUCGUCCUGAUAGCUUGCUUGGCAAUAGCGAGCCAAGCACUUUGUACUCAAGUGUACGAAACGCCGAGUAGUGACUCUUCGCAGCAACAAUGGCAACCGUGGAAGAGCCAAGACUCAAUUCAAGCCCCGAGCGUGGAACAAGAGAAAUAUCAUCCUGUCACGUUCGACGCUCCCGAUACGACGCAACAGAAGGAAUCGCAACCGUUGGUAUACAACGCGAAUAUUCAAUCAGGCGCCAGCGGAGUCGCCGACGUUCUCAGCGAACAAUCGAUCGAAUCUGUAAUCGACAACAUUCUCGUGUCCAAUCGGCAGGGUCGCAAUCUCGAGGGUUACGAAGAAGUCUACUCUGAUCCUGAAGUGAAAAAUGCACUUCAACUUGGCAACGACACCAUCGCGCGUACUUACAUCAGGGACAGACUCUGCUCUCUCGGCUUGAUGAACUGCGAGGAUGCUGAAGGACGUCGUCCUUACUAUUCCCCACAUCGCGACAUUUACCCGCACGAUGUCAUUUACGCUCAACCGGUGACGAUUAAACCGGUGGGUCGUCCACUUCCGGCUAUACCCGUGAAACGACCUUACGGACCCGCGAAACCGGUGCCGCUGCCACCGAGCUUCGGCUCGUCUCUAGGACCCAACGUUUAUCCUGGGCCGGGACCGAACUUUGGUAGACCACCACCCAGUUUAAUAGGCCCUUACCCUGGACCUUACCCCGGAUCUUACAAGAAACCCGGCUUCCCUCCCCAAUACGCGUCCAAACCUAUAUACGAAUCUGGUGUUGAUAUUGGGUCUGACUUCGAGGACAAGUUCAUCGACAAGAAACAGGUAGUUCUGCACCAACCAGUUGGCUCGGACGUUCAGCAACAUGUCCAUCAUCAUUACCAUCACGGAGACGGCAAUAUAAACUCCGGCGUCGCGUCUAACCCUAUUCCAAUCUCGUCCCCUACAUUAGGUAAUGGACUCGGUAGUUACAGUUAUGGAACCGGUGGCACUUACGGCUCCACAUUCAAUGAUUUCGAGGACUAUAAGAAGGCAUUCAAGAUCAAGACGCCCACGAGCAACAGCGGUCCUUCGGUCACUUCCACAAAGGGUUCCUACGCUGAUCGCUAUCCCGUUUACGAGAAGCCAAAUGGAAAGCAGUUCGGUGGUACUACAGGACAAUACGGAUCCAAUAAUCAGUUCUCGGGUAACGGCAAUUUCGACAAUGGCGAUUAUCAACAUCAGUUCAACAAUGGGGCCGAUAGCAACUACGGCGCCACGUCCUACGAAGAUUGCGUGUGCGUGCCUUACGAUCAGUGCGCCACGAUCAAUAACGUGGGCCGCAAGGAGGAUCUCUAUCUGGCGAUCGAUCCGCGCAAUCUUGGGAAGGACAUCGAGGCCGAGACCGUGGUGAUCACCGAUGGAAAUGGCACCAUGAGCGUCGUGCAAGUGCCCAAGGGAGUGAACGAGACCGAGCGGAACGAAGAGGCGACGAAAGUCGAAGUUGCGGAGCGGAAUCGCAGAGAUGUCAAGCAUGUCACUAAGAAAGACGACAAGCAGGAGAUACAAGAAAGACUGACGAUAGACAGCAAUCUGGACACCUCGAAACUGAACGUGAAGCCGACCUGGGGCGUCAGUUUCGGCCUACCGCAGACCGGCGGUCCGAUCGCGCCCCACCCUGGUAAUCCUCUGGGGAUCCCGGGGUACACGCCCGGCUACGGGCCAAUUGGUGGACAGGGUAUAAAUCUAGGUCCGGUUUCCGUGAAUCCGCUCGUAGCGGUGCAAGUUACCAAAGACGAGUACGGGGAGAAGGUCGUUAAGCCAUACGUAAAUCUCCACGUGACGCCCAAUGCAGGACUCGUUCACAAACUGGGCCAUCUGCUGGCUUACAAGAAGUACGGUCUGCACGGCGGAUACGGCCCGGUUUAUCCUCCCCAUUAUCACACGCAUCACGAGAAACCGAUCUACCAUUAUCCAUCGAGGCCUCCGUUCUAUCCGUCCCAGGGCGUUCAUCAUCACUAUCCGACGUAUCCCAAACCUGACUAUCCGGGAUACUAUUCCUCCUACUACGAGAAAGAUGAUCACGAUAAUUAUGACGAUUACAACGAUUAUGCGGACGAUUACGGAGAUGAUUAUUAUAGAAAUACUCGCGCAAGAACCGCGAAGGGUGGAGGACAGUCCACGUCCUCGAAGGAAUUAAAGGAUUCUCCAGGUGGACCGGUUAGCGAACGACAGACGAGCGGGAAGAUUACCUUCUCGGACAGAAGGAAACGCGAUGCGUUAAAUGACACGUGGUCGGAGAGACAAUACGGACGCCCGUCGACUUGCGGUUCCCAUCACGUUUGCUGUCAGAAGUCCCACAUAAUAGGAGCACGCCCGCGACUGGGUCAAUGCGGAGUUAGGAACACACAAGGCAUCAAUGGCCGCAUCAAGACCCCGGUCUAUAUCGAUGGGGAUUCUGAAUUCGGCGAGUACCCGUGGCAAGUUGCCAUCCUGAAGAAGGACCCUACCGAAAGCGUCUACGUCUGCGGAGGCACAUUGAUCUCGUCACGUCACAUCAUCACCGCUGCCCAUUGCGUGAAGACUCACGCCGGUCGUGAUCUUCGUGCGAGAUUGGGCGAAUGGGAUGUGAACCACGACGUUGAAUUUUAUCCUUACAUCGAGCGCGACAUCGUCAGCGUUUUCGUGCAUCCUGAAUUUUAUGCCGGUACUCUGGCAAACGACAUCGCCAUUCUCAAACUGGACCACGACGUCGAUUUCGGAAAGAACCCUCACAUUAGCGCGGCCUGUUUGCCGGAUAAACACGACGACUUCACGGGAACACGAUGCUGGACUACUGGUUGGGGUAAGGACGCCUUCGGCGACUACGGCAAGUAUCAAAACAUUCUGAAGGAGGUGGAUGUACCUGUCGUCAGCAAUCAUGUCUGCGAGCAGCAGAUGAGACGGACCCGGCUCGGGCCCAGCUUCAAUCUGCAUCCUGGCUUUGUCUGCGCCGGCGGCGAAGAGGGCAAGGACGCCUGCAAGGGCGACGGUGGUGGGCCGAUGGUUUGCGAGCGGAAUGGCCGUUGGCAGCUGACUGGAGUGGUAUCCUGGGGCAUCGGCUGCGGCAAAGCAGGUGUUCCUGGUGUCUAUGCACGUGUCUCUCAUUAUCUCGACUGGAUUCAUCAGAUCGUGGACUACUAAAAAAGAAGAAAAAUUUGUCCGAUAAAUUAUGAGUCGUAUAUAGUAUAUAUAUUUCUUCAUUCAAUUUUUAUCAUCCGACGUGGAAAAUUCUAUCAAUAACUCAGGACAUUUUUUAAAUUAUAUGAUAUUAUAGAGAAAAAUCCAAGUAGCAAACUAUGACAUCAUUAAAUGUCAAAAUGACGCCUUGUUGACGUCUAUGGCGUUAUUCGACGUCAAAAUGACAUGCGUUUACUACCUGGGAUAUAUAUAAAUAUA